AGGGAGGGUGCGAGAGAGGGAGGACGAUGAUGAUGAUGAUGCUGCCGGUGGAAAAUGGCUGCUGCAUCCUCGAGCCCAUCCGAAACCCUAUGAAGGUGGACAGAGAAAGACAAGAAAAAGAGAGCAGCGAGCGCAAGGAGUGAGUGAAAGAGAGACCGUAUGCGUGCGUAUGUGAGCGAGAGUGUGAGGACGCGCGCGCGCGUGUGUGAGUGUGAGAACGCGCGCGCGCGCGAGUGUGUGUGUGCUCGGUAAGAAGGGGAAUUAAAAAAAAGACGAGAGACCGGGGGGCAGCCAGCUCGAAGCGGCGGGCAACACCGAGCCAUGGAGGGCGAUGUGCGUGUCCGAGCGGUGGUGAUGACACGUGAUGAUUCUAGCGGUGGCUGGGUGCCCCUUGGAGGUGGCGGCCUCAGUCAUGUGAUCAUAUGUAAGGGGCGGAGCUCUCAAGGUCGUGGGCGGAGAGAGUACGUCAUACGUGGAGAACGGCUACGCGAUCGAGCACCUGUGCUGGAAUGCGCCAUUCAAAAGGGUCUGGUCUACAACAAGGUGAACCCCAUCUUCCAUCACUGGCGUGUGGAGGAGAGGAAGUUUGGUCUGACCUUCCAGAGUCCAGCUGACGCCAUCUCCUUCGAGAGGGGGCUUCAAAGUGUCCUUGAGAAGCUGGACAGAGGAUCUGACUCGCCAUCCUCCUCGACACCUGAAGAGGGCGACACUGAGGAUGACGGUCAAGCAUCUCAUACAGGGAGUGAGUCGUCAUCCAACAGCAUCCACACCCGACCUGCCCAGGACCAGCUCACCCAAGUUACUGCUGUUUUGAACCCUCCGGCGCCCCCUCCGCCACCUCCAGCUCCCCCGACUCCCCCUAUAGUGCCCCCUGCCUCCUCUCCCCUCUCUCCACUCUCGCCCACAAUCUCCCUGCUGGAGGAAGGGGACCUCCGCAGCCUCGACCCCUGCAAGGACCUGUGGGGUACACGCGGCUACGAGGACUACCGCCGCGCCGGUGCUACACGGACCAAGGUGGGCGGGCUGACGGGGGGCGUGGUGGUGGGCGCCGGCCAGGACAAGACGGAGCUCUGCGUGGUGCGCUUCGAGAAGGAACUGGCCGGCGUGGGCACCACAGGCUGCGAGGUCACCGUCAUGCUGGACACCAAAGGCUCUCAGCUCAACUCUUCGCCCACCUGCAUACCCAAUGCCAUGCCGGGAGUGCCGUCGGCCAGUGGCUCCCCAGAGGAGACAGGCAAAGGCUCGCCCUCACCCUGCUGCAUCCACACCUCGCUCGCCACGCCCCGCUCUCGGACUCGCAAGCGAGGGGCCGGCGGAGGGGAAGCCAUCUCGCCUGACGAUGACAGCUCCUGUCCGCAGGGCUCCUCCUCCUGCUCGUCACGCUGCGUGUACUGCCGAUCCGUCUUCAGCGCCUCCGAGAAUGGACGGGGCCGCUGUCGGGACGCUCCUGACCCGGCACUACACUGUUUGCGCCAGUGGACGUGUGUGUGGUGUGCGGAGAGCCUGCUCUACCACUGCAUGUCGGACUCCGAGGGCGAGUUCUGGGAGCCGUGCUCAUGCGAGGACUCGAUGGGCAGCCGGCCGCACACGCUGUGCUGCGCCCGCUGGAUGGUGCUGUUGACGCUGUCUCUUUUCGUGCCCUGCAUGUGCUGCUACCUGCCCCUGCGCGCAUGCCUGCGCUGUGGGGAGAGAUGCGGCUGCUGCGGAGGAAAGCACAAGGCCGUGCGAUGAGGCCUGACCGGGGGAAGGGCGUGUGGGCAGGGCUUAUUGUGACGGGACGGGAGCACAAAGACGUUACCGUCGUUCGAGGAACAGCCGUAGAGCCAGAUCUCUUACAUAAACCUUCACGAUAAUAUCCCUCGCCCCCUCUGAGGCCGUCUGCUGCAUUCCGCUCUUUCUAUUCUCUGCUCGGACCCUUCGCGCUCGUACCGGCGGUGGGUGCAUGGGUUCGGGGGGAUCGCUCUCUGAUUUGCUGGUCGUUGGGGUCAGGGGUCGUCUCCGGGAGGUGGGGAGUGAAUGGGGAUCAGUGACGUGUAAACAAUUCUUAGGUUUUUUUUCUCUUGGAUUUAUUUUUUAUUUAGUUUAGGGAGAAAAUAUGAGAUGAAAAAUGUUUUUAGCUAUGGUUAUCAGAUCUUUUUUUGAGUAUCUAAUUUUACUUGAACUAUUGAAAGAUAUUUUUUGCAACUGAGUUAACGAAUACACUCCCCUUGUACCUCUAAGUUACUGAGUUUUACCUCAAAGUCCAGAGGAGAGGAAGGCUUAUUUCGGGGACUGUGUGCUGUGGUGAGGUUUUGUAUAUGGUCUUUCCGGUAGGUUUUUCAUGCACGUUCGGCCAGAACAUGUCUGUGAAGGAGAACAUGUUGAUGUCGUAUCACUUUUAGUUGUUUAAGAACAGGGAACGUGAACGGUCUGAUCGAGGGCAGUUUCACCAAAAUCACCACUUUCACCUCAUACAUGCUCAUUCUUCUGUCAAGAGAGUAUAGUUGUAUUGAACUUGCCAGCAACCAAGAAUGUUGCCUAUAUUUGAAGUAUAGACCAAAAACGUGAAGAGAUAAUCUAGACAUGAAUCUGCCAAACAUUUGCACAGCAAAUGUAAACCGAGGCCUUGAAAUGUAGUUGUACACACCACCAAAAAUACAGUGCAAUUAGUUAUUAGUAAGAAGUAAAGAAUAAAAGAGCAAAGGCUUGUUGUGUGUGACACAACAUUUUAACUUUAUCUGUCCGUAUGGCAACAAGAGAAGUACUCAAUCAUUAACUAUAAUGAGUUACAAUGCACCUUGCGUGUGCUUUUGCGUUGCUAAACAGAGCAAUGAAGUGACAGGACAUUUUGUCUGGUUAGCCCCGCCCACAGUGAAAUCCCAUUGGUCCAAAAACAUCAGCUACGUUCUGACUAGCUGUGACUGUCUUACAGUAUAUCAUUUUGUUUUCACUGUGGACAGGCAAAUGACUUGACACUGAAAACUUCGUUGUCUGGCUAAGGGACGCUAAAGAAUUUAGACCAAUAAGUUCAAACACUGCCUGGCAUAACGGUUUGGACCACAAAGUGUUAAGAAACAUUGCUUUAAAUAUCUCAAAGCUGCUAUUUCAACUCCCCUAAACUUGUCUUACCUCGCUGCUAGUGAUGAGGAGUUAGGGAAUCAGACACAGCCCUGUAGUCAAUGUUUGAGUUAGGAAGACAACGCCUCUAAAUUAUGAUAUCUAUGAUGGGGAACAACUAACGUCCAAACUCCAAGAGGUUUCUCCAUCAGUGUUGCAUUAACUACUCAGAGUCACUUUAAAAGAAAAGGGUUUUACAGCAAGAUGAACCACUGGACCAUUCGAUCUUCACACAUAUGCAUUGUAUUUCAUUGUCCAUCUGGACUCAUUUCAGUCCAUUUUUGAAGACGUGAAACAUUCUCUCUCUCUCUCUCUCAUUCACACACACACUCACUCACUCUUUAUGGGCAGAAUAUUAGACAUGAGUAAAGAAACACAAAAAGACCCAAAAAUAGCACUGGAAAAAAAAAAGAGAACUUUACGAGAUGAGACCACCCUUGAGGGCCCUAGUCAUACAUCCUAUUAAUAAAUGUGCCUUUUGAUUUAUUUAACCAAUAACCUAUAAUUUCUAAGUAACGACGUACCUAAAUACUCAUUUUCUUUUCCAGGUUGUUUAUUUCUGCCAAUGUGCAUAUUUUAAUAUGUAUGUGUCUAUUAGUUUGAAAAGUAAUCAAUGGAAAAUAUUACCUGUUUAUAUAUUUAUUGAGAUAUUUAUUCUAAUUCUUUAUUUAUUUUUGGAGACGGGUUUUUAUUUUCUGUGCUGUCUUACUUCUCUGACUUUGUGCCAAUUUGCUGCUUUGAGGUGUUACAUAUCGUGGGUUUGUAUCAUUAAUUAAACCCUAACUCUAUAUUUUAA